UUAAAAUUUGAUGUGGGAACUGUUUAUUCUAUGACCGAUCACCAGUUUUACCAUAAAUGGGCAAUGUUGAUGGACCCGGAGGACAUGAGUGCAGGGGUCAAAGGUUAUCUCAAAUGUGAUAUUGCUGUCAUUGGCAAAGGUGACUCAGUCAAGGUUCCACCAAGAACUGACAAAGAUGAUGAUGACAUUGAAGCCAAUCUGCUGUUACCAGAUGGAGUACCUGCCGAUAGACAAAGGGCAAACUUCACCGUGAAGAUUUUCCGAGCAGAGGGUCUGCCAAAAAUGAACACAGGGGUCAUGGCCAGCGUGAAAAAGGCUUUCACAGGGGAAGGAAAAGAUUUAGUAGAUCCCUACGUCCAAGUUUCAUUUGCUGGACAUAAAGGUAAAACAAGUGUGAAGAAAGGAUCAUACGAGCCACACUGGAAUGAACAGAUUGUGUUCUCGGAGAUGUUUCCACCAUUGUGUCGGCGUAUCAAGAUACAGCUGAAGGACAGUCACAGAGUCAACGAUGACAUCAUAGGAACACAUUAUAUUGAUCUUGCCAAAAUAGAGAAUGAAGGAGAGAAAGGUUUUGUACCAACAUUCGGUCCUUCCUGGAUUAACUUGUAUGGUUCUAUAAGAGAUUAUCACGUCUUGGGUGAGCACAACCACCUGAAUGAUGGCCUAGGAGAGGGUGUGUCCUACAGGGGGCGUGUCCUAGUAUCUAUCAAAACAGAUAUUAUGGAUGCCAUGGAAGGGGGUCCAGCAACUGUGGAAGUGGAACCAACUUUGCCAUUACCAGAGAAUGCAACUGGUCGCUAUGAAGAGUAUUUCUUGUUUGGCUGCAUUUUGGAGGCUUCCAUGAUUGAAAGAAAGAUUGGUGAUAAACCUGUGCAUUUUGAGAUGAGUGUUGGAAAUGCUGGUAAUGUUCUGGAUGGUUACAACCCACCAACCAAGCGUGACUCCUCUAGUGAUGAGACCUCGGAGGAAGAGGACCACGAAGAUCACCCUGAUGGAUCAAGGCCAGCUGAUGCUCCAAAAUGGCACAGUACAACUCCACCCCUGAAGCCAACAACGAGAGAUAAAGUAUAUUAUCACCUGCCAUUUUACGAGGAGAAACCAUGUUUGUAUGUGCGAGAGAUGUUCGAGGAUCACAGACGCAGGAUGUACAACACAAAUAUACUUGAAAAAAUUGCAGAGAAACUGGAAGAUGGAAUAGGCGAAGUGAAUGAGAUGAUAUCACAAGAACAACCAUUCCCAGAGAAACGUUUGCGAGGUGUGUUUGAGGAGUUAGGUGCAGCAUGUUCAAAGUUUGUCUCCCUUGUUAAGGGAACAGGAGGUGGAGGUUCGGCUGGUAAAACACGACUUGAUAAGGAGCGGCACAAAUUGUUAGUUAGGGAACUGGACCAGAUGUCUACGUUGUCACGUACGAUGAAGGCCACCACAGCAAAGAGCAACCUGAAAGACAAAAUACGCUCAGCAAUGCAGUAUUUACAGAAGAUAAAAAGUCUUCUGCAAGAGCCACAGCAUGCUCUACCAGAUAUAUUUAUAUGGUUAGUGAGUGGUAACAAGCGAAUUGCCUAUCAGAGGAUACAAGCUCGAGAUAUCGUGUACUCCAUUGUAGACGAGGAAUGUGGCAAAGACUGUGGGAAGGUCAAAACUUUGCUCCUCAAGUUACCAGGGAAGAAAGCAAGCAGUCAAGCUGGUUGGUCAAUCCAAGCCAAACUUCAGGUAUAUCUGUGGUUAGGUCUCAGUAAACACAAGAAAGACUAUCUGAAUGGUCUACCUCGUGGGUAUGAGGAAUGCAGGGUCCUUAAACAGUCCAUAAAACCACAGUGUGUGCCACCACCUGUCAUAAAUUACACAGAGAAACAAGUGUUCCAGUUGCGAGGUCACAUGUAUCAGGCGAGAAGUCUGAUUGGCUCAGAUGCCUCCGGACUUUCAGAUCCAUUUGCUCGUAUCGCAUUUGGCGACCAGUCUGUGUGUACGCAGGUGAUUGAGGAGACGCUCAGUCCUACGUGGGAUGAAAUGUUGAUUAUACAUGAAGUAACGAUGUACGGACUGAUGCAGGAGAUCGCUGAAAGUCCGCCCACAAUCAUUGUAGAGAUUUUUGAUCAGGAUAAAGUGGGAAAAUCUGAGUUCAUUGGCCGUGCCCUAUGCAAACCAGUUGUGAAAUUGAGUAACGAGAAAUAUGAAAGCCCAAAAUUCCCUCCGAGUCUGGAAUGGUGGGAUAUACACAGAGGCCCUGACAGGGCUGGUGAACUUCUCGCAGCUUUUGAACUUCUUCAGCUUGCACCAUUUGGUGAUAUGGGUGGUCAGGAUUUGCCUCCCUUGAAGAUGCCGGCAGACUCAGAACGCCAGGAUAGGGGUCCAAUCAUGCCAGUGCCAAAGGGUAUUAGACCUAUUCUUAGUAAACACAGAAUUGAGAUACUUUUCUGGGGUGUUCGUGACUUGAAGCGUGUACAGUUAACUACGGUAGACAAGCCACGUAUUGACAUAGAGUGUGCAGGGCAUGUUUUACAGUCUGCUGUUAUAUUGAAUUGCAAGAAGAAUCCUAAUUUCAGUGUACCCGUCAAAUACUUUGAUGUUGAACUUCCGGAAAAUGAGCUGUAUUGUCCACCUAUAACAAUCAGAUGUGUUGAUUGUCGUAACUUUGGUAGAUACGUAUUAGUUGGUACCCAUGUCAUCAACUCCAUUCAUAAAUUCAUGUAUAUUCCUACAACGAAGAAAGCCAAACAGGCUUUACAAAAGCUGUUCCCAGGGAAGAGACCCGAUGCACCUCAUAUUAUACACACGGGACCUGUAUCAGUGAAGGCAUCAGACGUGGCAGUGAAUAUUGAUGAAAACUUCCCUCUUAUAAAGAAGGAAACACAAAUUACAAUUGAUAGGGGAGCACAGCAAAAGGACAAAAAGACAGAAGAGAAUACAAGGCGUCGUCGCAGACGGUCAACUAUAGAUGAUGAUGAACUAGAUGAAGAAGCCAUGGAUUGGUGGAGUAAAUACUUUGUUUCCAUGGAAACGCUUAUAAUGGAUCCUGCGGACAAACCAGAACAGGAACAUGACAAGAAAAGGGGAGAGAACUAUGGCGGUGACCCUCUUGACCUCGACAACCAGAUUACAUCCCUGCCGACCUGCCCUGAGGAGAAGAAUCAGUCUACGACUCCAUACGGUGCCAUAACUAAUGGGGAUCCUAAACCUCCGUCACCAGAAGAUCCAGAUUAUAAUCCUAAAGAGGCGAAAAAAAUGGAAGAAGAGCUCAAGAAGAUGGAGAAAAAGAAUGAAAAGAAAACGUUCAAGGGUACUGCUAAAUCUGUUGCCCUUGCAUCAAGAUUGUCCCCUAAAUCCCAAAGGAAAAAAGAUGCUUUAUUGAGUUCCACAGCACAACUGAAGGGUAUAUCUGGAUAUGUGAACAAAGCGUUCUCUCGCAAAGAUGAAAUGGAUGAAAAUGAGCGUGCACAUAAAGCUCACAUACGAAGAUUUGAGGUAUUUCCCAAUGAGCUGGAGAGCCAACCAGAAUUUAAUGGAUUCAAGGACUGGUUACAUACGUUUGAGCUGUAUAGAGGGAAGAAUAUGGGAAAUGAAGUUUCCGACGAGGGGAGAAUUGUUGGCAAGUUUAAGGGUUCACUGAAAAUUUACAAGAUUCCUCUACCAGCUGACAUUGAAGAUAAAACAGUGACAGGUGGUGAUCCACAGUUAGGACUCUUUCAGGGCCUCCCAGGGAAUGAGCCAAUCAAGGUUCUAGUCAGGGUCUAUGUUGUGAAGGGAAAUGACCUUCACCCUGCUGACAUGAAUGGCAAAGCAGAUCCUUACCUGGUGAUUCGCUUGGGGAAUACAACUUUAAAUGACAAGGAAAACUAUAUCUCCAAACAGCUCAACCCAGUGUUUGGAAAAUGUUUUGAAAUCGAGGCCACAUUUCCGAUGGAGUCCUUGUUGACGGUGCAGGUUUAUGACUGGGAUCUAGUGGGGAUGGAUGACCUGAUUGGUGAGACCAAAGUUGACCUGGAAAAUCGAUAUUAUAGUCGUCAUCGUGCAACCUGUGGAAUCUCAAAAAAAUUUGAUGUGUCAGGGUACAAUGCCUGGCGCGAUCCUGUAAAACCAACUCAGAUUCUAUCAAAACUAUGCAAGGAUGGUAAGGUGGAUGGACCUCAUUAUCAGCCAGGGAAGGUUCGAGUUGAGAACAGAAUAUUUACAGCCCCUAUUGAGGACCUGGAAGAUGAAGAUGGUCAGAGGAAGUCAAUGGAUGAACAUCUGGCCCUAGCUGUGCUAAACCACUGGCAAGAGAUCCCUAAAGUUGGCUGUAAACUUGUACCAGAGCACAUAGAGACACGACCCCUGUAUAAUCCAGAGAAGCCAGGCAUUGAGCAGGGUAAGAUAGAGAUGUGGGUAGAUAUGUUCCCAAUGGACAUGCCGGCCCCACCCCCUGCAGUGGAAAUCAGUCCCAGAAAGCCAAAAAGCUAUGAGUUACGCUGCAUUAUAUGGAACACUGAUGAUGUUGUACUGGAAGAUGAUGCAUUUUUCACGGGUGAAAAGAUGUCAGACAUAUAUGUUAAGGGCUGGAUCAAAGGGCAAGAGGACAUGCAGUCUACAGACAUACAUUACAGGUCUUUGACAGGUGAAGGCAACUUUAACUGGAGGUUCAUUUUUCCGUUCGACUACCUCGUUGCCGAAGAGAAGAUUGUCAUUUCACGUAAAGAGACCUUGUUUUCCUGGGACGAGACGGAAACAAAAAUACCAGCGAGACUCAACUUGCAGGUCUGGGAUGCAGAUCAUUUCUCAGCGGAUGAUUUUCUUGGGGCGUUAACUUUAGAUCUGAAUAGGUUUCCAAGGGGAGCUAAAUCUUCAAAGUUGUGUACCCUGAACAUGCUGAAGAAUGAUGGCAGUGUUCCACAAAUGUCGUUAUUCAAGCAGAAACGUGUCAAAGGCUGGUGGCCAUUUGCCGUAAAAAAUGAACAGACAGACGAACUGGAAUUAACGGGCAAAGUUGAAGCAGAGAUGCACCUAUUUACUUCAGAUGAGGCAGAGAAACACCCUGCUGGUCAGGGAAGAAACGAGCCCGAUCCUCUAGAAAAGCCAAAUCGACCGGAUGGAUCUUUCAUUUGGUUCCUGAAUCCAUUGAAGUCAAUCCGCUAUAUUCUUUGGCAUAACUACAAAUGGAUGAUCAUCAAAGUACUCGUCAUUUUACUCCUAGCGGCACUUCUUGUGCUGUUCUUCUAUGCCAUGCCAGGAUACACAGUGAAAAAGAUGUUCAACGUUUAAGUUUGCAAACUUUUGCACUUCAUUUUCACAGUCUUCAUGUUCAGUGCAAUUGUGUUCAUGCAAUUUCAUAGAUUUCUCGCACAGUGCUAAAAUGUUCAGGUAUCUGUCUGAUACUACCAAUGUUUUCAUCCAUUUGUUUUCCAGCCGACCAGAUGGAUCUUUCAUUUGGUUCCUGAAUCCAUUGAAAUCAAUCCGCUACAUUCUUUGGCAUAACUACAAGUGGAUGAUCAUCAAGGCACUCGUCGUUUUGCUCCUGGCGGCACUUCUUGUCCUGUUUUUCUACGCAAUGCCAGGAUAUGCUGUGAAAAAGAUCAUGAAUGCGUAACAUGGGGUAUUAUGUCAUUUGGUCAUUUCAUCCACCUCGUGAUAAAAUUUAGCUACAGCAAUAUUUGCAAGUCAGAUUUGCAAAUCAAUGAAAUAAUGAUUUUAUUUAUUAACUCAUUUCAUUUAUCAAAGAUAAUUCAUGGCAAAGUGGACAACCUUGUUUAACUCCAUAACAUAAUAUCAGUUAAAUUAGUGAAAGUAAGAGUUCUAAGGAAAAUGAUCUAUUGACAGAGAUGAUGUCAGAAUAAGGAAGAUUUAUUCCUUCAAAUGUGCAAUAUCAUCAAUGAAUAAGUUGAAAUAUUGCAGAUGGUUAUGUUUUGCAUGUUCAAAAUAAAAUAAUACUGAGUAUUAACAAAUAUAUUGUGCAAUACUUGUGCGGAACAAUGCAUAUGCUUUUAAAGGUAUUAAUUUAGGCCUUUGAUGUUUGCUUCAUUAUUUCCAGUGUAAGUGUUCAGCUGAUGUAAGGCUGCACCAAGUUAAUUAAUUGUUUCUACAGUCCAAGGUAAAAGAAAAGAUUCUGUUAAAGAAGUCAUACCGUUGCAGUUUUUGUAUUCUGCCUUCAUUUCUACUGAGAAAGUUGAAACUUUUUAUUUAAUAUUUGCUGUUUAAUUUAAACAGUUAAUUUUCUCUUUGUUGGUCCGCUCUGUACAGAUGAUUUAUGUUUCACCCUUUCAGAUUAUCUGAUCAGUUUAGAGCAGCCUAACAAAGCUUAAAUAAUAUAUGACAUCGUAUAAUCUAUAACCAGUAUACAUCUGAACAGUUCCACCCUAAAAUUUAUACCCAUUGUAUUAUAUAACAGCACACUUUUUUGCCCUAUUCUAAGCCCGCCCGCUUAGCUCAGUAGAUAAGAGCGUUUGUCUAUGGAUCGCGGGGUCGCGAGUUCGAUCCUCGGGCGGGGCGUAUGUUCUCCGUGACUAUUUGAUAAACGACAUUGUGUCUGAAAUCAUUAGUCCUCCACCUGGUUAGGUUAACUGCCCACCGUUAUAUAACUCAAAUACUGUUGAAAAACGGCGUUAAACCCAAAACAAACAAACAAAUGCCCUAUUCUAUAUAAAGUGAAAAAUUGUUCGAAAAGUCAUUGUAUUAGUAAGGACACUCGGUAAACAUUUAUUAACCUUUUCAACUGAAAGGCAGUUGUGAUUUUAUCAUUCAUCUUUGUUAUGUUGAAAUAUGUUCAUUUGUUAUAAAUUAUCCCAUUUGUGAUAGUAUUCAAUCAAUGCAUAUAUGUUUCAUCUGUGACUUACCAUAAAUUAUGUAAAGAUGUUGAUACUAGGCCAAAUAAAAGUAUGUUAGUUUCCUGUAACUUGAUCAACAAAUUAUAAAUAGUAGUCUUUCCUUUUCUCUUCACUUUCUUGUCCUUUGAUUGUUGUAAUGGGAUGCCUAAACAGAAGUUUGCAAUGAUAUUAACCCUUAGCCUGCUAAAUUUCUAAAAUGGACUGGUCCAUCAUUCAAUUUGGGCAAUACCAUUUAUUAUUCAAAGGGGUAUUCACUGAAAAUUUACUGACUGAAUAGCGAACAGUGCAGACCAUGAUCAGACUGCACGGAUGUACAGGCUGAUCUUGGUCUGCACUGGUCGCAAAGGCAGAUACAAUUGCCGCCAGCAGGCUAAAGGUUAAAGUAUCUGCAUGAUACAUUAAGUGUGAACCAGUUAGUGCACAUUGUAGCCAUUCAAUAACCUACUCAUUCACACUGCAGGUUACAGGUUUGAGUUUUUCAGGAUUGGCAUUGGACCACUUUUCUGAAAGGAGAUGCAAACCAGAUAUUUCUGUUAUUAAUGUUUUGAACCUUUACCCUGCUAAAUUUCUAAAAUGGACUGGUCCAUCAUUCAAUUUGGGCAGUAUGACUAACUAUUCAAAGGAGUGUUCACUGAAAAUUUACUAACCAAAUAGCCAACAGUGCAGACCAUGAUCAGCCAGCAAGGAUGUACAGGCUGAUCUUGGUUUGCACUGGUCACAAAGGCAAAACCACUUGCUGCCAGCAGGCUCAAGGUUAAUUAAUGAAAUGUUUCUUUGAUUUGCGGCUUGGUUGUUUGGGUUACAGGAAACAAUCUUGGCUUAGACUUGUGGACCUCCAUCAUUUGUGAUAUUGUUUUUUUGUAAAUUUUUCUUGAAUUUUUUGUAAUAAACUUUACACUUUGUAUUAUGAGCACCUAUGUGUGAUGUUGUUAAUUUUGUUGUGUAUUCAAAAUGGCUAGUGUGCAAUCACAGACUUUUGAAUUUUUGACUGAAAUAACUGUUACAAUGAUCAGUAAGUUUAUAAACCAUGAGGGGAAAUAAUUUUACCGCCUAAAAUUCAGGAUCAGCAAGGCACACAUGACUGUAUUAUAAUACUUCAAAAUUGGCAAACAAACAAAUACAUCAUUCGGACAACUAUCAGUACUGGAUAAAACAAACACGGAACUGAGUACAUCAUUGGUACAGAUAUCAGUACUGGAUUUAACAAACAUGGAAUUGAGUACAUCAUUGGUACAGAUAUCAGUACUGGAUUUAUCAAGCUUGGAAGUGAGUACAUCAUUGUUCAGAUAUUAGCAAUGGAUAUGACAAACACGGAAUUGAGUACAUCAUUGGUACAGAUAUCAGUACUGGAUAUAACAAACAUGGAAUUGAGUACAUCAUUGUGACAGAUAUCAGUACUGGAUAUAACAAACAUGGAAUUGAGUACAUCAUUGUGACAGAUAUCAGUACUGGUAUAACAAACAUGGAAUUGAGUACAUCAUUUGCACUUUUCUUACAAUCAAUAUUGUUAAUGUAUACUAUACAUUGUUAUUUUAGCUUUAAAGCUAUCACGUUAACUCACAUGUAGAAAGUUGUUUUUGUUUUCUUGGGAAAAAAAAGAGACCAUAGUGUUAUAGUGGCAAUAAACACAUUCCAAUUA